CACCCUUGCUUCCCUUCCCUCCUCACGCCAGCCCUCCGGGAGAGCCGGUGCCAGACUCAGAGCUCACUGCUCUGGCUGAGUCAUGGCGCCCCAGGCUCUGCUGCCCACCCUGCUCCUCUGCGUGCUGCUGCUGCUGCAGGCCCAGGGAGGGCCGCGUCAUUGGAACAGGAUGCAGAGUGUCAAGGCCUGUGAGAAGCGGCCCAGCAUAGACCUGUGCCACGACCACUGCUCGUAUUUCCUGCAGUGUCAGAAACCAGACACCGUGUGCUGCUCGGCCUUCUGCGGGAACGUUUGCAUGCACCUCCUGUGAGUGGGAGAGAGGGCGUGGCUGGGUAUCCUGCGUCCCCUGUCUCUUUAAGACUGUGCCUAUGGCCGAAACCCAAGGACCUAAAAUCCUGGUCACAAGGGUGUCCACCUCCACACUGUCUGGAAGGCUCGUUCCUGUCCAAUAAACCAGAACAAAUGCCCGGGCACCUGGCUGUUUUCCU